CAGGAACAAGAUGGCGGCAGGAGCGACAAUGAUGAUGGAGUCCGGGCAGAGAUUCUCGACUAAAAGCGACCUGGUUCCGGACUGGGCUCGCCAGGAAGUCAGCACCGGGACCACCAUCAUGGCGGUGGAGUAUGAUGGAGGAGUGGUGAUCGGUGCGGACUCUCGUACAACCACAGGAGCCUACAUCGCCAACCGAGUCACAGACAAACUGACUCCGAUCCACGACCGGAUCUUCUGCUGCAGGUCCGGAUCGGCGGCGGACACCCAGGCCAUCGCUGACAUGGUCACCUACCAGCUGGGCUUCCACAGCAUCGAGCUGGACGAGCCCCCAUUGGUGGAGACGGCCGCCAACCUGUUCAGAGCGAGCUGCUACCGCUACCGAGAGGAGCUGUCUGCUGGGAUCCUGGUGGCCGGGUGGGACCGCAGGAAGGGGGGGCAGGUGUACUGCGUCCCUAUCGGUGGCAUGCUGGUGAGGCAGCCUCUGUCUGUGGGCGGCAGCGGCAGCACCUACAUCUACGGCUUCAUGGACGCCAACUACAAACCUGGGAUGAGCAAAGACCAGUGUAUGGAGCUCGCUGCUACAGCUCUGUCUCUGGCGAUGGAGCGAGACGGAUCCAGCGGGGGUGUGGUCAGACUGGCGAGCAUCUCAGAGGAGGGCGUGGAGAGGCGUGUCAUCCUGGGAAAUCAGCUGCCACGAUUCUCUACACACUGAACACACACACACACACACACCUUGUGACAACGCUGUGUUAACUUGUCCUCCUUGUUGUGUUAAUAAAGUUUUUUUGGAAUCUG